AUGUUUCCUCUCACACAACGAUGCUGCUUCUACACACCUUUCAAACUCCAGAAGUUAACUGGUUCCAGACUACUACUGUAUGGAAAGAAUAAGACAAAUUGCUCUUCUCUUGGCCUCUGUCUGCAGAGAGGUGCGUGUCUUCUCUCAAGACCUCCAAGCCUCAGCCCAGCAUCAGUAUAUGCAAACAAGCUCCAGGCUUUUCAUACCUCUCUCCCCUUCUUCAAGAAGAAAACCCCCAAAGAAUCUGAGACCAAAGACUCGGGCAUGAAAUCACUAAAGGAUUCUCCAAAGCCAGCCCUUUACUUAAACCUUGCAGGGCUAAUUCCAUUUGUUUCUGUGCCACUGUCAAUGGCCAUCCAAGGGACCUACUACCCAGAGCUGGCGUUUGCUCAGAUUAUGUAUGGUGCUGUAACAGUCUCUUUCCUAGGAGGAAUGAGGUGGGGGUUUGCUCUCCCAGAAAACAGCCCAGCCAAGCCAGACUGGCUGAACCUGGCUAACAGUACAGUUCCUCCUCUACUUGCCUGGCAAGCUUUACUUUUUAAAGAUAUCACUAAUAGUGCAAUAAUGCUUGUAAUGGCCUUAGGGGUAGCACUACAUUAUGACGUUUCUCUUCUCCCUACGUAUCCUAGGUGGUUUAAAGUACUGAGGGUAGCUGGAACAGUGGUGAUGGUAUUAUCACUGUUAGCUACUGCACUGUUGAAGGCUCUUUUGGAGGAGCCACUAAGUAACAGCAGAAAUAAAUGGCAGAACACAAAAUAA